AAAAAUAAAAGGUUCCUGUAAUGUGUCUUUAAUGGUCAAAGUUAUUAUAGUAUAAGAUUUGUUUUUGCACUUAUAAAGACUAAAAUUUACUGUUGCAAAUAAAUACAUUUGAAUUUAUCAUUUUUACUAAACACCACAAAAAUUAUGUUUAAAGUUAGAAAGAAUAAGAUUUAUAAACUUUCUUUUUGCACUGUUUACAUGAAUAAUUGUUCACUAAACAACGCACAAUUAUUGUUGUGUGCACUCAAUUUUGGUGUUAUCAGAUUAAGACAAGCAUUCUGUUUUAUCUUUAGCACUAAUUAAUAAUAAACAGAAGUAAGAAAUGGCAUACCAAUCAUCUGGAGUUUUGACAGAUGCAGAGAAUUUAAAAGGUAUUGUCAAUCGCUUAACAAAUGCUAAUGAAAAUCAAAGAAUUGGUUGUCGUAAAUGUGGCCAAGCUGGUCAUUUAACCUACCAGUGUUACAAUACUGGUGAGAACGGAGUUCAAGACCUGUUGGAUGUUGACAGCACUUCUUCGGAUUCUGCAACAGAGUUAAAACAAUUAGAAAUGCUAAUAGCUGAAAAGAAGAAAAGAGAAGCUAUGAAAAAGAAAAAGAGAAAGAAAGAGAAAAAGAAGACAAGAAAGCGUCGAUAUAGUACCUCCUCAUCUGAUGAUUCUGAAAGUGAAGAGGAAGCAAGAAAGAACAAGAAGAAAAAGAAAAGAGACAGAUCAUCUGAUCGCAAGCACAAAAAGAGUAAACACAAGAGCUUGAAAAAGAAAAAGAAAAAACACGACCCUUCUUCAUGUUCUUCUUCCGAUGAGUCAUAGUAACUGUGAGGUGUAUUGUUGUUUUUACAAAAAUCUUUAUCGUGAUAUAUGUUUGGAAAUUUUUUAAAGAAAAGUGAACAGUGUCCAUGUGUAUUUUAUAUGAGUUUAUUAUUUAUUAUUGUAUUAAUUAUUUUACUUCUCCCUGACGUGAAACUUUUUUGUUUCUACAACGUGAGAAUAUAUGUAGUGUUAUGUUUUU